AUGCUUUUGAAGUCAGGACUACUCUUCACUUUGUGUCUGUUUACCCUCCAGGCAAGUCGAAUCAAAGACCUUCAUGACCACGGUUUUUCUGGACUCAGGGAUGUGAAGUAUCGACACUUUCUAGAAGCCUCCAGACCGAUCAGACACACCACAAAUGUCAGAGCGGAGCAGGAUGGCCAUCGGACGAAGAGGUCAGCACUCUUCACCACAGGUGUCAAAGUGUGUCCCCAGGAGACCAUAAAAGCAGUCAUCGGCAGCCAUCGGAGCUAUUACAAACUCAGAGUUUGUCAGGAAGCUAUUUGGGAAGCGUUUCGGAUCUUCUUGGACAGAGUCCCAAACUCAGAGGAGUACAGAGCUUGGGUUUACACCUGCCAGCAUGAAAACCUCUGCAUGGACGAUCUGGCACAGAACUUCAGCAGCUCUCAGGAGCAUCUGGACAUGGUGGCCAGAAGAGUAGCAGAGCAAGCUGAAAGUGAAGGAUUUGACUUGACCACGGAGCCAGGAAGGGAAUGCACCUGGACACCUCCAGUGAUUCUGCUACCAACUGAAGCUGAGGCUAUCCUAGAAGAUCCAAACAUGAUAAAGGAGAACUAUGAGGAGUAUAUUGUUGAGUUCAGGGUCACCAUUGUGGACCCGACAUACAGCAAGCUGCUCAGUGACCCAGAGGCUCCACAGUACAAUGACAUUACACGAGAGCUCACAGACAAGAUGCUUCAUGUGCUUGAAAAAGUUCGAGGAUUCAAAGAGAUUCGAAUUCUGGGAUUUCGCUCACAGGAUGUGUCUAUGCAUUACGCUGUGGUCUUUAAUGGAGAAACAGAGCUCAGGGAUGAACCUGAGGGUCUCGAGGAGCCUGACACAGAGACAAAUGAGGAUGUAAAUGCUCCUAAACUGAAGCACAUCAUCACAAAGGCCUUAAAACAGGAACCCUUACUACCGCUGGACAUACAGACACUCAGCUUUGAGGCUGUAACCACAGUUUAUCCAGUUGCUGAGCUCGGCAUGAACCCUGUUGAGAGCGGUGUACCCGAGGACGACACCACACAGGCACCCACAGAGGAUUACACUCCCACCCAAAGUUUCUUCCCGAGUGUGGCAGUGAUAGAAAACUCUUUGGAAGCUUCUACAAUCAAACCAGAAACACACACCUUUGUGCCUUUCAUCCCAAACAUCGUCCCAGAAUCCACGUCUGCCAUCACAGAUGAGACUCCUCUAAUAGCAGCAGUAGAACAGGAAUCCACAGAGGAUUCUGCUGAGGAGCCUGGUGACAUUAUAACACCAGACACAAAACUGGAAACUAUCACAGAGCAGGAAGAGGAAGCAGAGCCAGAGGUGGAGGAGAUACCACCUACUGAGCCUGAGGACGGAGAACCUGAACCUGCUGAUGGGGUCCCUGAUGAACAAAAUGAAGACCUUCCCUUGUCAACCCCAGACACCGAACCAGAAGAAGAAAUUACUGAUACACCUGCUGAGGUUUACUAUGACCUGCCUGAGUCCACAGACCCCACACUGACUGAAAUAUCUGUCAUAGAAGCAGCAGUGCCAGUGUCCACACCAUCAUCUCACGAGGAUGCUUUCCAAGGCAAUGAACCAGAAAGAGAUGCUGAGCCUUUGCCAUCCCCUGUAGAGAGCGGCGAAGCCCCCGAGGAAAGGGAUGAGUCUGGCGGAGGGCACAGUGGAGCGACCCCAGUCUCAACAGACCUUCCUCCAGAGAACUCAAACAUUCAAGAGGAUUUUGGGUCAAGUCAGAACAAGACGGAGGUAGAAGUGACCGAAACCCUGGAAGAAGAGAGUGGUAGUGGAUUCCCCUCAGAGUCUGAUGAACGUCCGUAUGAAUCCACAGCUGCACCAGCCAUGAGACAAGCCAGCACCCCUCUGAUGUCCAUAAUGGAUAAGAACAAAGAGUUAGUGGUUUUCUUUAGCUUGAGGGUCACUAACAUGAUGUUUUCUGAUGACCUGUUCAACAAGAACUCCCCAGAGUAUAAAUCACUGGAGAAUACCUUUCUUGAGCUGACACAGCACUCUGGGUCCAGAAACUCGCCAAACCCUGGAGCUUCCAGUAAAUCUGGGCCUAGGAGACAGACGACUUUAGCCUCCAUACCGCUUCUGCCAUAUUUACAAUCCAAUUUGACGGGAUUUAAGCAGCUGGAAAUUCUCAACUUCAGGAACGGCAGCGUUGUUGUAAACAGCAGGAUGAAAUUGGACAAACCGGUCCCUUAUAAUGUCACAGAAGCUGUUCACUGUGUGCUUGAAGACUUCUGCAGUGCAGCAUCUAAACGGCUUGACAUCGAGAUUGACAGUCGCUCCUUGGAAGUAGAACCAGCUGACCAAGCAGACCCCUGUAAGUUCCUGGCCUGCAAUGAGUUUUCACGCUGCGUGGUAAACAGUUGGACCGAUGAGGCUGAGUGCCUGUGUGAUCCGGGCUACAGCACCGUGGACGGCCUGCCAUGUCAGAGCACCUGCGCUGUGCAGCCAGACUACUGUCUGAAUGGAGGCCUGUGUGAAAUAAUCCCAGGUCAUGGAGCCACCUGCAGAUGCCCUGGAGGUAAAUACUGGCACUACCAUGGAGAACGCUGCAACGAGCUGGUGUCAAUGCCGGUAGAUCCUCCGCUAAUUGUAACCUGCCUCGUGGGAAGUCUCUGCCUUGUUUGUGCCGUCAUUGGCAUUUUGAUUUUCAUUAACAAGAAAUGCGUAAAUAACAGAAAGGCUGUCACUUUGGUGCACACCCUUGCUCCCUAUGCCUUUGAAAAUACUUUGAGGGUGAACCCAGUGUUUGAGAAUGAUGAUGGUGUCUUAACUCAAGUAUCUACAUUGCCAUAUCCUUCAAGUUCUGCUUCUUCGCAAUCCCAACAGUCUGAACAAGAACAUUUUGCCUCAAUUGAAAAUAUACAUCUGAGUAUUGAGAUCCCCAGACAACUCUACACAACCAGAUCAGAAAAGUUAGUCUCAGAAAUGGUGGACUUCCAUCACUGUAUACCACACAAUGAGACGUGGCGACGGCCAAAUGAAUACAGAACAUGCUGUGUUUUAAGGGCAUCAGAUAACGAAUGUUUUGAAGUAACAGUUCUUUGA